ACGCACUUCUCGACCACUCCACCCCUCUUCCGGUACAAGAUUCCACAGCGCAAGACGCCCGCCAUGCCGAGUGAUACCACCACCUACAAGGGCAAGCCCUUUGAGCGCGCUGCCUUUGAGCAGCUCAUGAAGCACAAAUACUUCUACGCGCCCUCUUUCGACAUCUACGGUGGCGUUGCUGGUCUGUACGACUAUGGCCCACCCGGCUCUGCCCUCACCGACAACAUUGUCGACAUAUGGCGCGAACACUUUGUGCUCGAGGAGGACAUGCUCAAGGUCGAACCUACCAUCCUUACCACACACGAUGUCCUCAAGACCUCGGGCCACGUCGACAAGUUUGCCGACUGGAUGUGCAAAGACCCAAAGACGGGCGAGAUCUUCCGCGCCGACCACUUGGUCGAGGAGGUGCUCGAGGCCAGGCUAAAGGGCGACAAAGAGGCGCGUGGCCAAAAGGAGAUUGAGGAGGUCCUGGCAAAGAUUGACAACUACAACGGCGAGGAGUUGGGUCUUCUCAUGAAGAAGUACGACAUCCGGAACCCUGCCAACAAUGGCGAGCUCCUGCCUCCCGUCGCCUUCAACCUCAUGUUCCAGACUUCUAUCGGUCCCUCGUCGAACCUGCCCGCCUAUCUACGACCAGAGACUGCCCAGGGCCAGUUUGUAAACUUCCAGAAGCUGCUAGACCACAACAUGCAGCAGAUGCCUUUUGCGUCUGCCUCCAUUGGCAAGUCUUUCCGUAACGAGAUUUCGCCUCGCCAGGGUCUCCUGCGUGUGCGAGAAUUCCUCAUGGCUGAAAUUGAGCAUUUUGUCGAUCCAGAGGGAGGCAAGAAGCACCCACGAUUCAAUGAGGUCAAGGAUGUGGAACUUGAACUGCUCAACCGCGACGUCCAGCUUGCUGGCAAGACCACUGUCGAGACCACAAAGAUUGGCAAGGCAGUUGAGACUGGUCUGGUUGAUAACGAGACGCUGGGUUACUUCCUGGCUCGCAUCCAGCUCUUCCUUCUCAAGAUUGGUGUUGAUCCCAAGAAGAUCCGCUUCAGGCAACACAUGGCCAACGAGAUGGCUCAUUACGCAGCCGACUGCUGGGACGCCGAAUUGCUAACAUCUUACGGCUGGAUCGAGUGCGUUGGCUGUGCUGACCGAAGCGCAUACGACCUGUCUGUGCAUAUGAAGAAGACCGGUGCGCCCCUGAUUGUCCGUGAGACAAGAAAGGAGCCGCUCAAGGUCGAGGAGUGGCAAUGCGACAUUGACAAGAAGAAGUUUGGCCCCAAGUUUAAGAAGGACGGAAAGGCUGUCGAAACAGCCAUUGAGUCCUUAUCGCAAGAUCUGCGCGAGAAGCUGUCUCUGGACUUGGAGAAGGAGGACAAGAUUGUCAUCGAUGUCCCUGAAGUUGCCGACGGCAAGGUCGAGGUGCCCAAGGAGCUCAUCACAAUUGAGAAGCGCACUCGGGUCGAGACGAUGCGAGAAUAUACGCCAAACGUCAUUGAGCCGUCAUUUGGUAUUGGCCGUAUCUUCUAUGCUCUAUGUGAACACGUCUACUGGACCCGCGAGCAGGACGAAGCCCGUGCUGUCCUCUCAUUCCCUCCUGCAGUUGCACCGACAAAGGUGCUCAUUGUGCCGCUCAGCUCAAACCCAGACUUUGAUCCUUUCGUAAAGACACUGAAGGACAAACUUCGGAAGCUUGGCAUUUCCAACCGAGUUGACGCGUCCGGUGCAUCAAUUGGCAAGCGCUAUGCACGAAACGAUGAGCUUGGUACCCCACUUGGCAUCACCGUUGACUUCCAGUCAAUCAAGGACAACACUUUCACCCUUCGAGACCGUGACACAACUGAGCAGGUUCGCUCGAGUCUAGACGACAUUGCCCAAGCCAUUUCCAACAUCGUAAAGGGCGAGGAGACAUGGUCAGAUGUUGCCAAGCGCCUGCCCAAGUUUGAGGGCCAGGAGGUAGACUGAGGGCUGUGUUGAACCAAUAUUAGUAGUGAUUCGCUUCAUAAAAGUACGGAUUGCUUUCUCGUCUGCAUGCAUGGAAAGCCGAACGCUGAAGCCAAGGGGUAACUCUUUGGGUGAAGGAAAGAAACAAAAAGAGGCAAUAAAUCGUGUCGCAUCCAUGUAGAUGAUAUGAUGCCUUGGCUGGGACGAAUGCAGUGGACUGGUUGUGCUGUCAGGCUCUUGUUGUCCCACGUAAUGUGAUUGUGUGAACAACCCAGUCCCUUUGUUUUCCCUCUAAUCCAAUCUGGCAAAAAAAGAGGUCAAAAGAGGUCACCCACGUUCAUACGUGUCCCGC